AAGACCAUGCAAAAAGGCACAUAUAAUGUCGUCAUUAGUUUAGCGUAAAUACUCAUCAUCAAUUUUUGAAUCAACGACGAAAAGAACGGGCCAAAAAAAAUAAAUAAUGGAGAUUUGUCACGUGACUCUUGUCUCAUUUUGUCCUACAUUAGGGAACCCUUCCCGCUUACCCUCAUUUCAAAACCAACAAACAAAAAUCCCUCUUAACAACCAAACAAACAAAUUACUCCUACUUGUUUCAUGAUUUCUUUAACAAUUUCAAGCAAAUGGAUUCGGAUUUACGCCUCCUUGAAAUCUCCGGGGAAGAAGAUUCUCUACUCACUCCACUCCCUGAUAUGGACAACAAUAGCAACGAUUUCACUUCAAUUUCAAAUUUCAUUUCCCCAUUCAGAGGGCUGGAGGUUCGUAUAGAUCCAGUAAAAUCAGGAUGUUCCUCUCGUAGAGGUUUUAGCAAUAAAGAAAAUAUCAAUACAGACAAAGCAGAAAUGCCUAAACUGAGUGUAGAGCCGCUGCACAUGAAGAGAAAGAAGCGGGGUGGUGGUUGCAAUUUGCGCAAAAGUUUAGCAUGGGAUAGAGCCUUUUCCACUGAAGAAGGUGUUUUGGAUCCAAUAGAACUUUCUCUGCUUAGUGGUUCAUCUGUUAACACUUGCGGAGAGGCCUUGUUCACCAUCAAUGAAGAAGAGCGAAAGCCAAAUUCGAAUGACUCUCUUCAUGAUGCUAGUUCAGUUUAUUUGAACUCAAACAAAAAAAGUACGUAUAAAGGAAUUCGAGCUGUAGCUUUAAAAGAAGAAAAUCGGAAGGUCAGAUCUCAGCUUAAGACUAGCAGUGCCUUUUCAGCUCAUAAAGCCUCAAGUAAACUGCUAGCGACUCACAAUGGUAGAACUAUCUCCAAAUCUAGUGGCUGUUCUCGUCCUUUGUCCUCAGCUUCACUGAAAAGGCCUGCAAACAUGAAUCAUGGAAAAUCUGCAAUCAAGGAUUCCAAGUUACCAAAAUGUCAAGUUUCAAAGCCAAGUUGUUCGUUGCCUACAAGCUCUAAGAGUUGUAUACCAAGAGCAAGUCAUUUAAAACAUCAAGUAACUGAUUCUGCUGUUAGUAUCCAGAAGAAUUUGGUAUUAAUGAGCUCCUCCAAAAAAUUGAGAAAUAGCCAAGAGAAAGCAAAAGCUGAUGUUGAACCUUUAAAGGGUAAAUCUUCGUCAUGCAUUUUGAGAGGAAAUGAUGAGAAAUCACCAUCAAAAUUACAAGCAUCAACUGAAUCUUCUUCGGUUAAUAAAGCUAGCAAUACUAUUGUGGAGAUGAAUCCAGAUGCCACACUUCCAUCUAGCCGAGCACAUUCAUCUGAAGGUCGUGAUGGAUGCACACCAUUUGCACUUCGUCUUCCCCACACCACUCGUACUGCUGUUAGCAGUAUGCCUUGCCUGCCUGCACAAGCCAUGAAACCAUCGGGUUUGCGGAGGCCUUCACCGUCUUUAGGAUUUUUUCGUCAGACAAAAGCUUCAGAUACACAUCACUUGUUGAAAGCCCAGUCUAGUAUGUGCCCAUUGCAAAGGUCUGGUGAUCUGAAGCCACCAGAGACAGUAGCAAGGAAAGAAGGCAAGGAAAACUUAGCAAAUCUGAACUGUAAGAAACCAGGAUUUGAAUCAGAAAGCUCAACAGCAUCCUCCAAAGUAAUCAAAACAGGCUUGGAGGGAGAAGAGGUAGAAAGAGUGAUUACUCCAAGUGUUAUUAAGAAGCUUGAUCCAGUCAGAGAUAAGUUCAAAGAUCAUGUUGGUAAUUUUGAUGAAAAAGUACCAGAUCACAUCAAGCGCGAAGAAAAGAAGCUUCAGGAAGCAGAACUCCUGAUGAAGCAACAUCCACCACAAACUGGAAAACAUGAACAUAUAGACAAAGAUUUUAGAGAUGCUCAGUUUCCACAAGCUAACUACAACUACAAUACACAACCUCUAGGGCUACGUAGUCUGGAAGGUGGCAAUUCAAAUGAAGCAGAAGAAUCUGUCAUGUCUUCAAUAACUGAUGGCUUGAUUUGUAAUGCACAGUACGGGAAUAUGAUUAAUUUUAGUGGAGAGGUGAUGAAGGAAGGUUACAUAGGUGGCUGCAAUAAUUUACCUGGUCGAGUAUUUGAGAAGGUUAAGUCCUUUGCAGUUGAAGAUGAUGGGAUCUUUGAUAAUGAUAAGUACAUUAUGAAGAUUAAGAGUAAUUUGAGCAAAACCCAAAGAGAUUUAAGGAAUAAUGGAGGUGGGAAUUGUGAGUCCUUUAAUCUUGCAGAUUCAGACUUUAGUAAAGAAAAGACGGAAAAGUCAGAAGUUGCAUAUCAGCAUGAAGAUUCUCAUAAUCUGAAAGAAGCUUUUACUAGCAAGCAGAUCACAGAUAAAGCACAAACAGGAGAUUCAGUUGCAGAUGUCUCAAGUGAAACUUUAUCUGAUGAAAAUUGCGAGACUAAUCUUGGCGGGCUUUCAAUUUACUUAGAACACAAGUCCCAGGGUGGUAACGUAUUGCAUUCAAGUGGUCGAUCCCUUAGUAAUCAUGUUUGCAUAGACCAAAGCCACGAUGAACAGAUUGGUGAAACUGGCUUAUCCACUUUGCCAUGUCAACCAGAUGAAAGUAGUUACGAUACAUUUGAUGUAACAAGUGGACAGACAGAAUUAGAGGGUAACAGAAUUACAGUGGUAGGAGAAGAUCCUGCGGAUAUCAUGUGUUUUAGCCCUGUCAAAAUAACUCUUCCUGAAAAUUGCAAUCAUUCAUCAGAUGAAGAGUUCAAUUGUAAUAAGAUUCUUGCAAAUUCAACUACUUGUCUGGAAUUUGGUUCGUCAUCUAGUAGAACAAGAGACAAAAUGAUAUCAGAUGUACCUGAUUCAAUUGGUGAAUGUGGAAAACCAAUUCAAGGGUCCAUCCUGGAAUUGGUGGAUGAAACUGAAACCCACAAUUCAUUUAACUGUCACAGUGAGGGCAAUUUAACUUCCUCUAUGAAAGUUGGUUCAUCUUCCAGGGGAACACAAAAUAUAAUUGGAUCUGGUGUACUUUGUCCACUGGAUGAAGUUAACAAACUAACCUUCAAAGGAAUGGAUGAAUUUGAAAUUCAAGAUUCACCAAAUAAGCUUAAUGAUGGUAAUCAGAUAAUCAAGUUGAAGCUUGGUAUGCUGUCUCCGGAAAGCUUGAAAGUUGAAGAGUCACACAUGUGCAGCCAUGCAGAUUUCAUCCCUUCCAGUCCAACGGAACUGGGGAAUCAUAAGGUUGUAUUGGAGAGUCUUCAUACUCCAAAACUCAGAGAUAUAAGACAAGCAAAUGAAGUUGGAAAGACAACAAAUGCCCUAACAAGUAUCUCACAGAUGGAAGAUGCACACACGGAGACACAUGACAAUGAUGCUCAGUUGUUGCCUGGAAAAGGCCCUGACACUGUGGUGAAAGAAUGUGAAAGCAGCAAUGCCUUUGAGAAUUUUCGAGAUGCUUUUCCAGCACGACAGAGUACUGAUGCAGGUGGAUUAGAAAGCCCAAGUUUUCUGAACCAGGAGUCAUCUUUGAUUCAUGGGAGUGGCAAUGAUGCUGAUGAACUGGAUGUUAUCCACUGUGUUGCGGAUAGAAUAUCAUAUCCACAGGAAAUUGAAUCUUUAUCUUUGGAAGCUGAUUUGUCUGAGGGGAAAAGUAGAAAACAUACAGCAAGUGCGACAACUGAUUGUACAGAACUUGUUGAAGGGGAUCAGACCUCAUCAAGAAUUAGAAGGAAGGUGGUUGACAUGUUGAAUCAAGAUAUUGUGGUGAAGGAAUCUGAAACUGGAAAACAUAGUGGAAGUGAGAGUUCUCAAAAUGAACUUUGCCACGGGCUGGAAGAUACCGAGCAAUGCACAAAUGACAACAUCAUUUUGCCAGUCAAGAAUACAGAGAGCUGUCUGGAGAAAGGCAAUCUUUUGAUAUUACCCCCUCGGGAUGCAGUUCCAUUUUCUGAUGAAUGGUUGGCAGCAAUGGAAGCUGCAGGCGAGGACAUAUUAGCCAUGAAAGGUGGUGCUGUACAAAACUCACCCCAAGAGAAAUCCUUGCCUGAGCCAAGCCCAUGGUCUCCGGUGAAGAAGAAAAACAAUCAACUUGGACCUUAUGACUGCACAAAGUUCCACCACAAUGCCCCCCCUGAGUCCUGAUUCUUAUUGACUAAACUUGGUCUCAUUCAAAUGCGUUUAUUCACCACUUAACAUGUUCCUGAUGUAGAUUGACACUGCUUUGCAAGAAAAGCUCCUAACUGAUAGUUUUAUUCUCCAAAGACACACGAUUCUUUUACCUUUUAUAGCUAAUUCUUUUACAUCCACUUUAGAGGAUU